AUGUACUUCAUCAACAUUGCUGCUGUUCUGGCCCUAGCCAGUAUCGUCUAUGGCGCAGCUAUCCCACAGGACCCCCUGGACUCAAUAUUACAAGUCCUCUCUGGUGUGCCUGUGGCUGGUAACUUGAUGGAAUACGCCUCGCGACCAACUAGUGGGAACUCUGCCACGCCGGGUGGUGACGAUAUCGAAAAUAUGACCGACUAA